AUGUUAUGUUGGGGAUAUUGGUCUCUGGGCCAACCUGGGAUGAGCACUAACCUGCAAGGGAUUGUGGCCGAGCCACAGGUGUGUGGAUUUGUAUCCGACAGAAGCGUCAAGGAAGUGGCCUGCGGAGGAAGCCACUCCAUGUUCCUGCUGGAGGAUGGGGAAGUUUACACGUGCGGUUUGAACACCAAGGGGCAGCUGGGCCACGAGAGGGAAGGAAACAAGCCAGAGCAAAUUGGAGCUUUGGCAGAUCAGCAUAUUGUCCACGUGGCGUGUGGCGAGUCCCACAGUCUGGCCCUCAGUGACCGGGGCCAGCUGUUUUCUUGGGGUGCAGGGAGCGAUGGUCAACUAGGACUCAUGACUACUGAGGACUCUGUGGCAGUACCCAGGUUAAUACAGAAGCUGAACCAGCAGACAAUAUUGCAAGUUUCCUGUGGCAACUGGCACUGCUUGGCUCUUGCAGCUGAUGGCCAGUUCUUCACGUGGGGGAAGAACAGCCAUGGGCAGCUGGGCCUGGGGAAGGAGUUCCCCUCCCAAGCCAGCCCGCAGAGGGUGAGGUCCCUGGAAGGGAUCCCGCUGGCACAGGUGACUGCAGGAGGGGCCCACAGCUUUGCCCUGUCUCUCUCGGGAGCUGUAUUUGGCUGGGGGAUGAAUAACGCGGGGCAGCUCGGGCUCAGUGAUGAGAAAGAUCGAGAGUCUCCUUGCCACGUGAAGCUCCUACGAACACAAAAAGUCGUCUAUAUCAGUUGCGGAGAAGAGCAUACAGCAGUUCUCACAAAAAGUGGAGGUGUGUUUACCUUUGGUGCUGGUUCCUGUGGGCAACUUGGACAUGAUUCCAUGAAUGAUGAGGUUAAUCCAAGAAGAGUUCUGGAGCUGAUGGGCAGUGAAGUCACUCAGAUUGCCUGUGGCAGACAACACACCCUAGCCUUUGUGCCUUCUUCUGGACUCAUCUAUGCAUUUGGUUGUGGAGAAAGAGGUCAGUUAGGAACUGGACACACUUGUAAUGUCAAGUGCCCGUCUCCUGUGAAAGGUUGCUGGGCCGCCCAUAGCGGCCAGCUUGCAGCCAGAGCUGAUCGCUUUAAAUAUCAUAUUGUUAAGCAGAUCUUCUCUGGAGGAGACCAGACUUUUGUACUUUGCUCCAAAUAUGAGAAUUCUUCUCCUGCCGUCGACUUCAGAACGAUGAACCAAGCACAUUACACCAGUUUAAUCAAUGAUGAAACCAUAGCAGUUUGGAGACAAAAACUCUCAGAACACAACAAUGCAAAUACAAUCAACGGUGUCAUUCAGAUACUAUCUUCUGCAGCCUGUUGGAAUGGAAGUUUUCUUGAGAAAAAAAUUGAUGAGCAUUUUAAAACAAGUCCCCAAAUCCCUGGGAUUGACCUGAACUCAACUAGAGUGUUAUUUGAGAAGUUAAUGAACUCUCAGCACUCCAUGAUUCUAGAACAGAUCUUAAAUAGCUUUGAAAGUUGCCUGAUUCCUCAGUUGUCAAGUUCACCACCAGAUGUUGAAGCAAUGAGAAUCUACUUAAUACUACCGGAGUUUCCCCUGCUCCAGGAUUCUAAGUAUUACAUAACGUUGACUAUUCCCCUGGCUAUGGCCAUUCUGCGGCUGGAUACAAACCCCAGCAAAGUCUUAGAUAACUGGUGGUCUCAGGUAUGCCCGAAAUAUUUCACGAAGCUGGUAAACCUCUAUAAAGGUGCAGUGGUUUAUCUACUGAGAGGAAGAAAGACAUUCUUAAUUCCUGUACUGUUUAACAAUUAUAUUACAGCAGCGCUCAAGCUCUUGGAGAAGUUAUACAAGGUAAAUCUUAAAGUGAAGCAUGUGGAAUAUGAUACAUUUUAUAUUCCUGAGGUUUCCAGUCUUGUGGACAUUCAGGAAGACUACCUCAUGUGGUUCUUACAUCAAGCAGGCAUGAAGGCUAGACCAUCUAUAAUGCAGGAUGCUGUAACACUUUGUUCCUACCCUUUCAUCUUUGAUGCCCAAGCCAAGACCAAAAUGUUACAGACCGAUGCUGAACUGCAGAUGCAGGUGGCAGUCAACGGGGCCAACCUGCAGAACGUCUUCAUGCUUCUCACCUUGGAGCCUCUGCUGGCCAGAAGCCCCUUCCUGGUCCUUCAUGUUCGCAGGAGCAACCUUGUUGGAGAUGCCCUGAGAGAGCUGAGCAUUCAUUCUGAUAUUGAUUUGAAAAAGCCUCUCAAAGUCAUUUUUGAUGGGGAAGAAGCAGUGGAUGCUGGUGGUGUCACAAAGGAGUUCUUUCUUUUACUAUUAAAAGAAUUGUUGAAUCCCAUCUAUGGAAUGUUUACCUACUAUCAGGAUUCACAUCUCUUGUGGUUUUCAGAUACGUGUUUUGUAGAGCACAACUGGUUUCACUUGAUUGGCAUAACCUGCGGACUCGCCAUCUACAACUCCACCGUGGUGGACCUGCACUUCCCGUUGGCUCUCUAUAAGAAGCUACUGAACGUGAAGCCUGGCCUGGAAGACUUGAAGGAGCUGUCACCCACGGAAGGAAGGAGUCUUCAAGAACUUUUAGAUUACCCUGGGGAAGAUAUUGAGGAGACUUUCUGCCUCAACUUCACGAUUUGUCGAGAAAGCUAUGGCGUGAUUGAACAGAAGAAGCUGAUACCUGGGGGAGACAGAGUGGCUGUGUGCAAGGAGAACAGGCAGGAAUUUGUGGAUGCUUAUGUGAAUUAUGUCUUCCAAAUCUCAGUUCACGAAUGGUACACAGCUUUCUCCAGCGGCUUCCUAAAGGUGUGUGGUGGCAAAGUGCUUGAGCUCUUCCAGCCUUCGGAACUGAGGGCCAUGAUGGUGGGGAACAGCAACUACAACUGGGAGGCACUGGAGGAGACUGCCAUCUACAAGGGUGAUUACUCAGCCACACAUCCCACUGUGAAACUAUUUUGGGAAACAUUUCACGAGUUCCCAUUGGAAAAGAAGAAGAAAUUUCUCUUGUUCCUGACAGGCAGCGACCGCAUCCCCAUCUAUGGCAUGGCCAGCCUGCAGAUUGUCAUCCAGUCCACAGCCAGCGGGGAGGAGUACUUGCCCGUGGCCCACACUUGCUACAACCUUCUUGACCUCCCCAAGUACAGCAGCAAAGAGGUCCUGUGUGCACGGCUGACCCAGGCCCUUGACAACUACGAGGGGUUCAGUUUGGCCUGA